AGAAUAUCAACAAAGUGUGAUUUGUGGAGUGACAAGUGGAGAUCAAUAUAAAUAAACAGUAGAUUAUAAUAAUAUUGAACGAUUUGGUAAAAUCUACAGAGUUGAUAUUGAUAUAGUUUCAUUGUCUAGCUAUAGAUGUUGAUUUGUGAACGAUGGAUACUUGAACGGAGCAAAAUCCUGGUUUUGUUUUGACUCUCAUUUUCAGAUGAUCAUGGCAUUCCAAAAUGGAUUUCUCAAAAGAAAAGUAGACCGGGAAAUAAAUAAUGUCAGUAGACAAACAUUUGAGAGAAGUUUACAAGUUACUCCAGAGUUAAUAGAUAGACUGGGGUUAGAGAAAGAACUUGAGGGCCACCAUGGUUGUGUUAAUUGUUUGGAAUGGAACGAGAAAGGAACGUUAUUAGCCAGUGGUUCAGAUGAUGUCCAAAUUAUUAUAUGGGAUCCAUUUCAUCAUAAAAGUUUGACAACGUUACGAACUAGACAUGAAGGAAAUAUCUUCUCUGUCAAGUUUCUGCCAAAUUCUAAUGAUUCCAUACUUGUAUCCGGUGCAGCUGAUUGUAAAAUCCAUGUACAUGAUCUCAAUCAAGAGGAGACGACUCACGACUUUGGUUGUCAUAGUGGCAGAGUAAAACGUCUGGCUGUAGCUCCUAAUGUGCCAUUUAUGUUCUGGAGUGCUGCUGAAGAUGGCGCUAUCAUGCAACAUGAUUUAAGAACACCCGAAACCAGUAAAACCAACCCCAAAAAUGUCCUGAUUAAUCUGAACGCCCACAUGGGAGGUAAUGCCGAAGCCAAAUGUAUAGCUAUAAACCCCGUCAGACCAGAGCAGAUAGCUGUAGGAGCUAACGAUCCAUAUGUAAGGCUGUACGAUCGUAGAAAAUUAACUUGUAAAGCCAUGAAAAUGCCAGAGGAAACUAAUGGAAGAACUCUAUGGGACAGUCCAUCAAAUUCAAUACAGUAUCAUCCAGAUGAUUAUGCAAUGCAGCAAGACUCUGUCCAAUAUUUUAUAGCAGGCCACCUUCCACAAAAACAGAAAGACUACAAGAAGCGAUACAGAACCUUAGCGUCCACCUACCUGACAUUUAGUCCUGACGGAACAGAGUUAUUGGUCAAUCUGGGCGGAGAACAGAUCUAUUUGUUUGAUGUCAACUCACAGAGAAAAGCUCAGAAGUUUGACAUAUCAAUGAUUCUAGCUCAAAAUGGCGUUGUUAAAGAAGCAGCUUGUACAAAUGGAUUUAAUCUACAUAAAAAUGGUACAACGAAUGGUGUUGCUAAUGGUGUACAGGCUGCUGCCGCUGCUGUGAUGAAGGCAGAAUUAGAAGUGGACGCUAAAUAUAGAUCUGUUAAAAGGCACAAGCUGGAUAAUAAAGGCUUACCACAGGCAGUUGAGAUACUUAAGAAGAAAGCUAACAGUUAUUUUGAAAAAGAACAUUACUCUAAAGCUAUUUACUUAUAUAACCAAGCCGUAGCUAGAUCUUCUAAUUCAUCUGUGUUGUUUGGGAAUAGAGCAGCAGCUUAUAUGAAAAGAAAAUGGGAUGGAGAUUUAUAUGCAGCAUUAAGAGACUGUCAUAGUGCUUUACAAUUAGAUCCAAACCAUUUAAAAGCUCACUUUCGAUUGGCUAGAUGUUUAUAUGAGUUGUCAUGGCCACAGGAAGCCUAUGAUUGUUUACAACAAUUUAAAAACAAGUUUCCAGACUAUGCUAAAAGUAACGCUUGUGAAGCAUUAGACAAAGAUAUUAAAGCAGCCAUUAGCUCUAACGCAGAUGAUAAAGACCCAGAUAAUGCUGUAGAUCCACAAGCUGCUAUGAGAAAGAAGUCCUUCCCAAUAUCUGACCAGGAGAAAUUAUGGCGGGAAGCAGCAUUUGACCAUGAGUCCAGGUUCUGUGGGCAUUGCAAUACAACUACAGAUAUAAAAGAAGCUAAUUAUUUUGGAAGCAAUGGUCAGUAUAUAGUAGCAGGAUCUGACGAUGGUUCUUUCUUUAUAUGGGAGAAGAAUACUACAAAUAUUGUACGGGUAUUAAAGGGAGAUGACUCUAUAGUGAAUUGUCUACAGCCACAUCCAAGUCAUUGUUUGUUAGCCACCAGUGGAAUAGAUCCAGUGGUACGAUUGUGGAGUCCUUUAGCAGAGGAUGGUUCAAAGAACGAAAGAGAAAUUGAUAACUCAGAUGACGCAGCAUUAGCCAAUCAAAAGAGAAUGAAUGCUGACCCCUUAGAGGUCAUGCUAAUGAACAUGGGAUACCGGAUCACUGGAGUGUUUGAUGUAGAUGAAGAAGAAGAACAGAGGGGUGACCAAGGGGUCAAUUGUCGACCCAGUUGAGUUGCCUUGAUUUAUAGAUUAAUAAUUUAAGACAGUUUAUUAAGUUUAAAACUUGUUUUUGUAUAUGAAUUGUUAUUGUGAUGUUGUUAAACCAGAUUAUGAUACAUAAUUAUUUAAAUGGCUGUAUAACAGUAUUUUGUCCCCCCUGUGUAAGGGCCUCAUUGCUUGAUAGAUAUUUGUUAGCUCCCUUUGAUUAUUUAAAUGUAUGACAAGUCUGGAUCAUACAUAUGUUUUGAAGUAAAAAUUGAGGAGUUCAUUGAUCCAUGCUUUCUUUUGAUUUGAAUAGAAGAAAGAAAAUCAAAAUGUUUACAUAAUUAGGUAUUGUUUUAAUUCCUAAUGGAUUUUGUAUUUUUGAUUAUAAAU